AUGCUUACUGGUAUUUCAGUUGACCUUGGAAGCAUAAAUGACCUUAGAAAAACUGCAGUUAUAAACAAUGAGCUCUCUAGACUUGAUGUCGACAUUGUUGCACUGCAGGAGACGCGCCUUGCAGAGGCAGCUAGCCUACGCGAGAAAGACUAUACCUUCUAUUGGCAUGGUAAGCCAAAAGAUGAGAGAAGGGAGCAUGGUGUCGGCUUUGCUGUGAAGAAUAGUCUGUUGAAAAUGAUUGAACCUCCAACAAACGGCUCUGAACGUAUUCUCACAAUGAGACUCAACACCACCACUUGCCCUGUGACACUCAUCAGUGUCUACGCGCCAACUCUCAUGGCCUCCUCUGACACAAAAGAUGAGUUUUAUGAAAAUCUCUGUGCCACCCUUCUGAAAGUUCCUCCAAAAGACCAAGUUAUUCUACUUGGCGAUUUCAAUGCCCGUGUUGGUAGUGACUACGAGGCUUGGCCUUCUUGUUUAGGCAAACUCAAUGUUGGCAAAGUUAAUGAAAAUGGUCAGAGACUUCUUGAAUUUUGCACGCGUCUCAAUCUUUGCGUUGCUAACUCAUUCUUUCAGACUAAACCUCAGAAUAAAGUUUCUUGGAGACAUCCACGCAGCAAGCAUUGGCAUCAGCUUGAUCUUGUGCUUGUUCGUAGAUCAAACCUCAAUUCCAUCAAAGUUGUUCGUUCUUAUCACAGUGCUGACUGUGAUACUGAUCAUUUGCUUGUUUGUUGCAAAGUUAAGCUCUCUCCAAAAAAGAUGUUCUUUUCUAAGGCUAAGGGAAAGCCUCGUCUGAACACUGCAAACAUGCAGGAUCCUGUGCUUGUGUCACAAUUUACAAACCUUUUUGAAAAGGAAUAUUCAAUCAUAGAGUCAGAUCAAGCUGAAAAGCGAUGGCAGUCUUUGAAAUCUGCAAUGCACAGCUGUGCACUUGCAACCUUUGGUAGAAAAAAAAAUAAGUCUUCUGACUGGUUUGAGACAAAGUCUAAGAUACUUAAUCCUGUUAUUGUGAAAAAGAGGCAAAUGCAGUGCGUGUACAACAAGCACCCCAGUAGAGAAAAUCUGUACAAGCUCCGGCAAGCCAGAAAUGAGGCCAAGCAGAUGGUCAGGCGUUGCGCCAAUGACUACUGGAUGGAGCUGAGUCAGCACAUUGAAAAUGCCUCUGCUACAGGCAAUAUCAGAGCCAUGUAUGAGGGCAUUAAGACUGCAACAGGGCCUACUCAGAUCAAAUCUGCCCCCUUGAAAUCCUCCUCUGGAGAACUUAUUGUGGACAAGGGUAAGCAGUUGGAUCGCUGGAAAGAGCAUUAUUCUGUCCUAUACUCUAGGCAGAGCACUGUUUCUGAGUCCGCACUUGCUGCGAUGGAGCAACUUAGUGUUUUACAUGAGCUUGAUGAGAUGCCUACAAUCUCUGAGCUGAGUAAAGCUAUUGACCAGCUUGCCCCUGGUAAAGCUCCAGGAAGUGAUGAGAUACCUCCUGAUUUAAUCAAACAGUACUCAGAGAUUAACAAGAGGAUAGGCAAAGCUGCAGGUACCCUGUCAAAGCUAACUGAAAGUUUGUGGGAGAACUCCACAUUGAAAGUCAGCACAAAAAUGUCAGUCUACAGUGCAUGUAUAUUGAGCACUUUGCUCUAUGGCAGCGAGACUUGGACACCCUAUGCUAGACAAGAAGAGCGUCUUCAGAUAUUCCAUCUGAGAAACCUGCGUUUCAUCCUUGGCAUCAAAUAUGAGGUUCAUGAGCUUACAAGGAUGAUGGUAAUUAGAGAUGACGUUAGUAAUGAUAUUUCGAGAUCUCCAUACUGUUACAGUGAGAGGGAUUACCAUGCUCUUCAUUAA